AUGUCGUCAGCAGACUCGCCAUUCAAGUUUCCUCCGGUGGUGGAUCGAGAAGAUGAUCACCAAAUGAUCGACCCUUCUACACUCCAAUUGCCAUCCUCUACACCUGGCUCAUCCACCACGUCCUGCGGUACACCUGAAUUCAGUCAGGAUAGUAACAUCACACCUCAACCCACGACGAAUCUCGAUCAUCCAGCUGGAGCGUCAGCAUUCUGGACUAAUGCAGAUACGAAAAAUGCCACUCAACCAUCGACCAAUCUACCCAUGACACCUCUUUGGUCAUACGAUCAUCUGAAUAACCCUUCUAGUACGUGUACGACCGCUCCCUCUAUCGACAACUCCAGUAGUUCGGGAGGAAUCGACUCGACACAUACCACACCAGCUUCGGCAAGUGCGAAGUUCCAAUAUCCCUUCUCGACCACUACUGCAGGAAUAAAAUCUGCAAACCCCAAUAUGUUAUUUCGAAAUCACGAUUUAGUACAAACCCCCUCAACGGCAAAUACCCAAUGGUCUGGUCCGACCAAUCCAGCUUCAGCUAUCGAUCAUGCGUUUAUGCCACCUCCACCACCUAAUACCUCUUCAUCGCAUGGUAUGCACCAUACUGCUCACAUGUCUUUAACAGGUCUAUCACCUAUGUUAGCUGGGUUCACCACUUCAAGUCCGACUUUCGACCAGAACUUGCAGAGCCACAUCUCUGGAACUGGCGCCGGGGUAGGAUCAGCUGCACCAUCACCUAUCGAUCCUCAGCUUAACCGACCUGGUGGACCCAUACGAACUUUCUCAGCCAGUGCCGCUAUUCCCCAAAAAAAUAGGAAACGAUCCAAUACCCUAAUGACAUUAGCUUCUUCCACACCAUCUUCCUCAUCUUCCGCCACACCUAACUCGUAUCCUUACCCUUCACCUAGAUUUCCCAAUUCGUUGAUAAACACCCAUCCUCAUCUGCACGUCCAUCCUUCGAGCUUAUCUCAGCCUACUCGACCGAACAGACAACCCUCUGUACCGAUCAUGACUGGCGAAUCGACGAAACGGGUUUUUCAUCCUAGUCCAGCGACGGCCAUAUCACCUGCCAUUGGAGUUGAUCUCACUCAUCUUCCUAUGGAUAACGAUGGCUAUGGAACACAUAGAAUGGGCAUGGAUAAGAAUAUGGGUAUGCCGAUGGGAUAUAACAGUAUGCCGAUAGGUAUGGGAAUGGGAAUGGGGAUGGGAAUGGGGAUGGGAAUGAGAUCGACACCUCCGAUGGAAGCUAAACCUCCGAGGUUUAAGCCUACAAAGGAACAAUUGGAAAUUCUGAUCAAAUCGUAUGAGGAAAAUAAGAAUCCCGAUGGGCCAGCUAGAGAAACUCUCGCUAAAAGAUUGGGUCCAGAUGUGAGGCCCAAGACUCUGCAAAUCUGGUUCCAAAAUAGACGAUCAAAAUCCCGAGCGAAAGAAAGAGAUGCCAAUAUGCCUAAGUCUCUACAUACUCGAGGUGGUAGUUCUUCACACGAACACCGAUCUUCAGCCUCUACCAGUAGAUCGAAAGGAGGUUCGAACAAAGGAGUAGAUAUCGACGCAUUGAGGGGUCUGAUACACGAUGACGAUCCCAACCUGAUCAUUCUUCCCAUAACUGUUCUGUCAAUUGCCAACUGGACGAGAUUUCUCAUGCCUGGUACAGGUAUAUCUCAUCCUGAUUUAGCAGCUUCCUUGCGAUCCACACCCUCCGCACAGCCUUCUUUAUACCUUUACGUUGUACAUCAGACGUAUACGUUCAGAAUCGAGAUACCGAUCAGCCCAACUUCGAUAUCGAACUUGCAAUCAGUACAGAAUCCAUCUCUGAACACUGAAGCGGUGGCGAUCAGUUUUGAGCUGUCCAUGAAUACUGCCAAGUAUGCUGCGUGGAAUGGAGAUGACUCACCAACGCAUCAAGGGGUUUGGAAUGAAGUUGGCGACUUUACUGGGGGAGAGACUAACGGUGGAGGAAGAUGUGAAUUGACAGGUGAUAAAGAAGUAUUGCUAUCGGCAUUUUUACGAGUGCAACAAUAUCUGUCUUCUCAGAUUUUCCCGAACAACAUGGGAGGCACAAAUCCAACAAGAUCAUCAUCUGGCAGCUCUUGGAAAUUUCCUUCAAUGUCGGCCUCAACUUCGUUCUCAUCCACUGCAGGAGGCGGAGUACAGACUCCACCACUUGAAUUACCCAUCUUGGGCCACUUACAAUCUACUACACAUCAUCAACAUCAGAGACAGCGAUCCUUCUCACAACCAGAUAUGAAGUCUCCCUCUUCGGGUGCAAGUGGCGAUUCAAGCUCGCUGAGCGAAUUUGAAUAUACUAGCAAAGCGAUGAACUUUGCUCAAAAUCAGAAUCAACCCCAAAUCACAUCCGGUCAGGUACCCUUACCUCUCACUAGCGCGACCAGUACAUCUACCAAUCCCAGCACAGCCACAACCACGUUCGAUCAUGUUGAUACAUUCUCAAAUCCAAAUCAACCAUUUUCGUCAACUUGGAAUUCACCCGACAUCAACUUAUCUAUGAAUACCGGCGGAGCUGGAGGAGGGUCUUUGUCAAAUUGGGGAUUCCCAAGUUCCGCUGAUACCAACUCUCUAUCAUCGACUACUCUAAAUCCAUCGGCUCUAUCUAUUGGCCCUGGUACAAUGUCUACAGCGGGUGAAGGCAAUUUCAAUCAAUUCGCCACUCUGAAUUCAGGAAUAAACAACCCUCUUUCCCAUUCGCAGAAGAAUCAAUACAUGGGUGAGAAUCAGAGUGAAGGUUCGAGCGAGAUUAAUCUGGGUACUCCACCAUUCGAAUUUGAAGAUAAGUCGCAGGCUAAGACAGUGAAUUUGGAUGAUCUAGGUGGGGGAGGGAAGAAGGGGAAGGAUAAGUUUUUGGGAGGAUUGGAAACUGGUGAACUGUAG